CGCUCGACUCUGAUCGCCAUGGUCUUUCCACGUCUCAGGUGAUAUCUGUGGAUCUGAAACACACGGUUAGAUCUCUCAUCCCGUCCAUUUUCCCAUCAUUACCCCAGCAAACGAUUUGAAGGUGCUGUUACUGACUGACAUGUGACUAGGUCAGUCGUAUUGAUCAUCGACUCCACACACGGGCCUUUGUCUCGACGAAUUUCCAAUAAUAAAAAUAUCAUUGCGACCGACAGCGAGGGAGGACUUGUUGAACAAUCACUUUUUGGCGCGGGAAAUUUUUUGAGCAAAAAAAAGACACAUCGACGGAGCCAGUAUGGCCAAGUCUGCGAGACGUUCUGGGAAAGGCAAGGCCCCGGCCUCUGCUUCGUCCUCUGGAACCUCGACUCCCAAUUCCCAGGCAGGCCCUCUGCCUCCAUUCACAAAAGCCCCUUCUUCUCUCGAAUCGUUCCUCGAACCCCUCUCUCCGCAAGAAGUGUACUUGAUCCACGUCGAUGUUUCCCCACAAGACCUCAAGAAACAAACCUUCUUCGUCCCGACCCUGAUGAACGUCGCGAUCAUAGCCAUCAUAGCCCUACGAGCUUACAUGGUUCGCUAUCACUAUCCGGCCAUGCUAGCAACAUUCAUUGGGCUCACUAGCUCCAUGACGGUGGAUACUUCAGUAAUGACAUGGCAGGAAACGGUAAAGACCAUUUUGCAGCGGACUGGCACCUUGCUCAUCGAUUACAUCCUCGUGACCGUCUUCUUGCCCUGGCCGCUCCGGUUUUAUCAGGGUCCUGUCAAGUGGCGCCGGACAGUUGGCUUCCGAGAUCGCGAGAUUAUUGUCCGUCGCAGCCAGCGCAGCUGGAGUGAAAAGCUGGAACGCAAUGUCUGGAUUCAAAAGGACGAGACAACAAGGGAUAAGAUUGUGGCCGCCGUCACACCGGAACGUAUUAAGAAGACCGGAUACCUGCUCGUGGAUGCAGAGUGGGAUCUGGAUUACGAUGCCAUGAUCCGGGCACACGAGCUGGUGGACCAGACGAGAAAAGGCAACGGGGUCCAGCUCGAUGAAUUCCGAACAGCAGUCGUGGUCAACACCGAUACUCAUGGCUGGCUGAUCUGGCAUGUUGGUGAUGAAGAAACCGCCCAGGGAAAAACACGGUCAGCUCAGCGUGACCAGAUCCUGACAUUCAAGGAAAAGCUCACGGCCAUGGGCAAGGAGGAUCUUUUCUUCCGUUGGGUCGAGCUGAUCCAAUAUGAGAGUACGCAGCCAGGCGGGUUUACGCCUGAAAGGCAGCGCUCCGCCAUGGUUCAAGCCAAGGCGCUCUUCGAGAAUGAAGAAGUCGACUUUGCUCGCUUCUGGCAAGACGUGGGUGGGUUGGAAGGUUUUUCUGAUCUUGAUUGAUUUGUUGUUCAAGUGUAUGCAUAUGCAUGUUUUGCCUGUGCUGGUGUUUCUUUUCACUUUUUCUUUCCCUUUCUUGCUUGUCUUUUUAUUUAGUCUCGGUUUAUAUUUGGAUACGGAGCACGUCUUAUAUGGAGGUCAUACAGGAAGUUAGAAGUCGGCCAUUAGAGAGCUACAGAAAAUACGCAGUACAUACGGAGUAUAUCUCAGUAAUACCAAUGAAGCAUUUCACGUGUUUUUUUUUUUGUUGUU